AUGAACAACACUAGGUUGAUGAGCAUGUCCUUCGAGCAGAACCCACGUCUCAGACCAACGGCCACUGGUGGCAGAAACACUGCCACGAAUACUAGAAACCAAUCUCUUGCGUGCAUUUGUACUGUACUGUUAUGCUAUAUAGGAAGCCAAAGCUUUGCUGUUCUGUGA